ACUAGCGCCUGUGGUACCACUGGGAUCGGAAACUAUUUAGUGGUGUUCGACCGUUUAAACAACAAAUAUGGCAGCCCCCACGACUUGCCCAAUAUCAUCGCCGAUGCACUAUGAUCCUUCUUUCAAAGUUGAUGUACAGCUUCACCAACCUCUAUUGUCAAGCAGCACUACCCCAUAUGAUGUCAGACUAGAAAUGAUGUCACUUUGCUUUCAGUUAGAAACUCUUUGUAAGAAAGAACUCACAGAGAAUUCAAGCAUACAUCAAGGCCAUGUUAGUAACUCAUUCAUUGAUAGAGCAACUGUUGUUUAUGACAGAAUACUUCACCUGUUAGCAAAAGUGCCACCAGAUUAUCAAGACUGUCUUAGAUAUCUGCAGUCACAAAGAUUGGACAGACUGUAUCCAAGAGCAGUGACCUAUCUUGCAAAUCCAAGGUCAUUCUCACUUGACCUUGACAAAACCCCACUUGAUAGUUAUUUUGCUAGUGUGUCCACAUUGAGUCAAUUGACAACACUGGCUAGACAAAUGCAUAAUGAUUGUGUAAACACAUCUUCACAUAAAUAUAUUGCACAUCAGCUGGCCCUCAUGUAUCAAACCAUCACUCAGAUAAAGAGUCCACUGUUUGAGCAGCAUAAGAAAGGGAUAGAAGAAAUGUUUAAACCCAUCAAGGCAACGCUCGCCACCACAGACGAUAAACAGAUAAGAUGUUUAACACAAUCUCAACAAGAAUGGUUGCUUGACCUUACUAAUCAUAUCUUGAAUACUGUCAAUACAUUCCCGGCAGAUCUUACACAAGAUAUGGUUCAACCAGCUUCGGUACUGCAACAAAAGUCAACAUAAUUUCCACUAGGGCAUGGAAAAGAAUGAUUUCUUUAAAGUUUUUAUGAUAAAAAUUGCAGCAUCAAGUCUAGCUGGAAUAAAACAGACCUGGAUAUGUAAUAUUUUUUAACUUGAGCCCAGUCUAAAUACUCUGAUCAUUGAUUGGUCAAUUUCUGAUGCACAUUUUGAAACUGACCAAUGAAAACAAAUUGUAUGUAGACUGGUUUGUCAGAAUCUGACUAAUACAUGUGUUACAACUGAUAAAACACGACAACCAUUCC